CAGCCCCCAAAGUCUGGUCGUAGGAGACUUUAUGCAUGUGAGAAUCUGCACGUAGCAUUCAGACUUCUAGUGAUCCCGUCCUUACACACCAGCAGAUGUUCAUUUUGUCCCCGUUACCUGCACUGUGGCCGGUUGGAGUCGAGACUUCACAGGACGCAAGAGCCGGGAUUGCACAUAUUUCUGCUACAGGAUGCUCUCGUUUAGGAUGGAGCUGCCAUGUUUGUGUCUAUUGUUGCUAAACUGUCUGCAGUCGCUCUCAGCCGGCAAUGACUUCUACACCUCAAUAGGCCAGAUGACAGAUCUGUUAUACACAGAAAAAGACCUCGUCACCUCCCUAAAGGACUACAUCAGAGCAGAGGAGACCAAGCUUGAGAAGAUUAAAGUGUGGGCUGAUAAGAUGGAAUCACUGUCAGCCGCAGCCACACUGGACCCCGAGGGCUACCUGGGAAACCCGGUCAAUGCCUUCAAACUGAUGAAGAGGCUGAACACAGAGUGGGCGGAGCUGGAGAGCCUGGUGCUCAGUGACACCACUGACGGAUUUGUUUCCAACCUGACCAUCCAGAGACAGUACUUCCCCACAGAUGAGGACCAGACUGGGGCAGCUAAAGCUCUCCUCAGGUUACAGGACACUUACAGACUUACUGCCAACACCAUCGCUACAGGAGACCUACCUGGAGCGAAGCACAAGACUUUUAUGACAGUGGAGGACUGUUAUGAGCUGGGGAAGAUCGCCUACUCCGAUGUGGAUUACUACCACACCGAGCUGUGGAUGUCCCAGGCUCUGAAACAGCUUGAACAUGGAGAGGAGUCCAAUAUAGAUAAGGUGACAGUGCUCGACUACCUCAGCUACUCCAUCUACCAGCAGGGGGAGAUAGAUCGAGCCCUGGAUUACACCAAGCAGCUCCUAAAACUGGACUCAGAGCAUCAGCGCGCCAAUGGCAACCUGAAGUACUUUGAGUUCCAGUUGGAGAAGCAGAGAAAGGCUGAUGAGGCUGAAGGGAAGAAACCAGGUAAAAAGGAAACAACCGAAAAGAAAGAGAAGAGCAAGAAGGUCUCGAAUCGUCAGGUCCCAGAGAGGAAGAAGUACGAGAUGCUUUGUCGUGGGGAGGGCAUCAAAAUGACCCCCCGCAGGCAGAGCCGGCUGUUCUGUCGUUACUAUGACAACAAUCACAACCCCAAAUAUGUGUUGGCUCCUGUCAAACAGCAAGAUGAGUGGGACCGCCCCUACAUUGUCCGCUACCUCGACAUCCUCUCCGAAACAGAAAUCGAGAAGGUCAAGCAACUGGCGAAGCCAAGACUGCGCAGGGCCACCAUCUCCAACCCCAUCACAGGCGUGCUGGAGACAGCGCCAUACCGGAUCAGCAAAAGCGCUUGGCUCACUGGCUAUGAAGAUCCAAUGAUUGACGUGAUCAACCAGAGAAUUGAAGAUCUCACCGGACUGGAAAUGGACACUGCAGAAGAGCUGCAGGUUGCAAACUAUGGCGUUGGAGGUCAAUACGAACCACACUUUGACUUUGGAAGGAAAGAUGAGCCAGAUGCCUUUAAGGAGCUCGGAACUGGCAACCGCAUAGCAACAUGGCUCUUCUAUAUGAGUGAUGUAGCAUCAGGUGGAGCCACAGUAUUCCCAGAUGUUGGUGCAGCAGUUUGGCCCAAAAAGGGCUCGGCAGUGUUCUGGUAUAAUCUGUUCCCCAGCGGGGAGGGAGACUACAGGACCCGACAUGCAGCCUGUCCAGUGCUGGUGGGCAACAAGUGGGUUUCAAACAAAUGGAUCCAUGAACGAGGCCAGGAAUGGCGGCGACCUUGUUCCCUAAAGGAAUCUGACUGAUGAAAAAGGAAAACCUCUUCACCUCCCUGGCCCUUUCUCUCCUUCCUUGUGAACAGCCCAGGAACAAAGAACACCGCUGCAGAUCACAGAUGAUGCGAAUGGAUACACGGUGUUCAAAUGUCUCACUCCCUCUCUACAAGCACUCCCUUUUUUCCCCAGCUGUUGUGCUCUGAGCCCAGAGAUUGUUUGGGUUGAUGUCUAGACCCUUGCACAGUAUUAGCAACGCUGUGACAGAUAACUUCAGAUUGUUGGAUGGUUUGGAGAAACACUUGCGCCAUUUUUACUCCCAUGUGUCUGUAUUUGCACUCUGCAUGAACUCUAGUUCUGUGGUGAGAUUAUCGUUCAGUAGUGACUGCAGGGAGCAGCCUAUUCCCUGGCAGUUAGAACCUUAAAAGUACAGAUCACAUUUUUAACAGGCCUGUCUGAUUCAUUUCAUUACUUUUUAUUCAUUAACAGAGUUAAUGAAUAAAGUAAUUUAUUGUAAAACUACAUGCACCAUCUUUAAAACAGUUUUAUAUUUUUCUCAAACAGGCGUAUUAUUCAGAGGGAUUGCAAAAGCAUAUCGUAGUUUAACUUAAAUAUUCUCUUUUCUAGUUUUAAACGCAGUCUCCUCCUCCAAUAACUUUAAUUUCGUAAUUACAAUUAGUGUUCUGCGGAACAAAUGAUAUGACACACAGCACAUAGCAAAAUGGUCACUCCAAAAAAUAUAUAAAUACAUUUCAGGGUAGUUUUGUAGGUUGAAAGAAACACUUUAUUUCCUGUAAGUCAUGUAACUUAUCAGAAUUGAUUUAAAUUGUAUGGCUGCAUCUAUGUUGACAUAUCACAUACCUUGUUGGUCUGCCUCAGAGCCUAGUUUUAGAUAUUUUUUGUAAGUCAUUUGCAUCGUCACACCAAGAGAUAUUUUUAGAUUUGGUGAACUUAACACCUGGACACAGACAAAGUAAUGUAAAUCUCAAUGCUGCAUGAAUUUUGUAUUUGAUCAUCCUGAUUGUCCCGGUGUUGUGUAAGCAACAACCAAUCAUUGAAUAAUAAGAGCAACAAUAUUUUGGAAAAAGAAGAGUGGGCUGGAUACACCGCAUUGUGCCAUGACGGGUUCACAUAUCCAGUUUUUUUUAUAGAGUGAAUGAUUCUGCUAGAUUUUUAACAGUGUCCAUUGCUUUUCAGUGUGAGAAUAUAUGAGUUUUCCAAGGAAGAAACAUUUUAUUUAUAUGUCUCAGCCAAUUGUGUGUUGUCUCAUAGGAAAGUCUGACAUUGUUUUUUUUUCUACAAUAAAGACUGUUAUAUAUUGAU